GCCAGGUCCAAACUGCUCAGACUACUGAUAACUGGGACAAGAGCGAUUGCGUAACGUUUGUUAUGCACAAAGAAGACCAUACCCUUGGCAAUGCUCUCAGAUAUAUGAUUAUGAAAGACCCUGAUGUAGAGUUCUGUGGUUACAGCGUACCUCAUCCUACAGAGAAUAGGAUCAACUUUAGGAUACAAACAAAAGGACCGCCAGCUGGUGAUGUCUUUGGAAAGGGAUUAGCUAAUCUCUCAGAAGUAUGUGAUCACAUUCAGCAAACAUUCGAAGACAGCAUAAAACAAUUCAAAGAUGAAGGAAUGGAGAGUCAAUGACCCAGGACCAAAAUAUAGCAUGAUAUAUGGAGAGAAGUGGACUUGUACAUAGAACACCUUUCAUUCAUUCCUAAUUCUAGAAAGCUGCAUGGAGAUAGUGGUGAUACUGAUUUUUUUUUUAUCUGACCGCUAUUUAAGAAAGCAUGAAUGCUUGUAAGCAAGCAACCAGAAGACUGAAGGACCUGGCAAUGAGGAAAUGCCUUACCAAAGGGCACUAGCGCACCAAGUGGGAAUGAACAUUGGGUCAGCAGAAUCCAAAACCCUCGCUUUACGGACUAAACUGUCACGUCUCCUUAGGCAAAUUGUCAACAGUAUGUGCCCAGUCUUUUAGUACAAAUCCCGCUUUAAAGGCACUGUAUGUUUUCUGUGUCUUUAAACAAAUUACUUUUACUUCCAUCUGGACUUUUUUUAAUGGUUCAUUAUUGGAUAUACAUGUGUAUAAAUAUCAGCAAUCUGGGGCCCGUUGCAGAAAGAGUUGCGAUCAAACGCAACUCAAAAAAUCUUGCGCAACUUGAUUUUCAUCCAAUGAAGCACCCAUAUUCGGGACUUGCGUUUAGACGCAACUCUUUCUGCAACAGGCCCCUGAACUCAUUUCAAUAAAAAAAAUAUUGCCAAGCAA